AUGACGCGUUGGCAAAUCUUUUCUUGGUGCAGACAGCUGACUGGACAUUUUCCAAUAGCAAAUUGGUUGCGCACUUCGUGCAGCUAUCUAAAAAGGGUUUCGAGUAGUUGUGGAUCGGACACUUUGGUGAACGAUCGUGUUGUCAAAUUAGUAAGCAGUUUAAAUGAAAAACAUACAAAGGAAGAUCCCGUUCAUGGGUCAUGGAAAGUAAAAAACACUUCUGAAGCAACAGUAUGGUGCGAUGCAAGCAGUUUAGCUGUUGGCAUAGUUCUAGAAGUGGCUGGGGAAAUAGUAGAAGACUGCUCGUGGCUGAGAAAACAAGACGAUGCGGCUCACAUUAAUCUCGCAGAGUUAGAAGCUGUGAUAAAAGGAAUCAAUCUAGCAACAAAAUGGGGAUUCGAAUGUAAUACCAUAAAGUGUGAUUCGGCUACUGUUGUUGGCUGGUUGAAAUCCUUAAUCAUCGGUGACAAACCCAUUCGAGUACACGGUCUUGGAGAACCAUUUGUCCGUCGCCGGUUGUCGUUAAUUGAAGACCUUGUGAAGGAGUGCGGUAUACAAUUAAAACUUUCCCUGGUUAAUUCAGCAGAAAAUAAAGCCGAUGCUCUUACGAGGGUACCACAGAAUUGGCUGCAUUCAAACCAUUUUGCAAUGACAGCAAAUCUCGUACCGCCUGAUAUGAAGUCGUUUCAUAAUCUUCAUCACUUUGGAGUAAAUCGAACCAUUUAUUUGAUGAAACAGACAUAUCCGAAGGAGAAAGUUUGUAGAAAAGACAUUGAAUCAGUCGUAAAAAACUGCGAAAGAUGUUUAUCGGUAGAUCCUGCUCCAAUUAGAUGGGAAGAAGGAAAUCUUAAAGUUGGAAAGAGCUGGUACCGUUUAGCUAUUGACGUUACCCACUAUAAAACAGAGAUUUAUUUGUCUAUCAUUGACUGUGGCGAAAGGAUCAAGUUUUCAAUUUGGAGGAAGCUACAAAACAAGAAAGAAGCAACAGUGUGUUUCCAUUUAGAAGAAAUAUUUCGAGAAAGAGGACCUCCGUGGCACGUUCUUCUUGACAACAGCAAGAUCUUUCGCUCAAAACUCGUUGGUGAAUUAUGCGCAGAAUGGGGAGUGUCCAUCCUGUUUCGUUGCGCUCACAGGCCAUCUGGAAAUGGAAUUGUUGAACGUCACCAUCGCACAAUCAAGCGCAUGGCAGCAAGAAGUGGCAAAGAUCCGUUAAAAAUGGUAUAUUGGUAUAACGUGGCUCCCAGAAAAAAUGGAAACCACACACAAUUUUGCCAAAACUAA